GAUACCACAGCAAACAAGGUCCAGACAGAUAUACAGUACUGGCAGAGACAAAGAAUCAACACACAGAGAGACACUCAGGGAGAGAGCAACAUCACAAACACAUCCAGUCACAAGGGAUGAUUGGUUGAUCCUAACACUUCAAGACCCAGACUUCGAGGACAGGAGAGGUAGAACACAGAACAUAGAAGAGAGCCAUGAAAAGUCUCAGGUUCCUCGCUGCCGAAGGGUUCGCCCAGAGUGGGCCGAGCGCCAGGGAGAAUCUCAGCUGUGUGUCGUUCAACCUCUACCCACUCCUCUUCAAGGCCUGCUACAUGCACGAGAAGGCCCUCCUCCUCCACGACCUCGUCCAAACCUGGCCCCUGCAUGAGCUUAACCUGCAAAGGCUCCUGGGAAAGACGGUGGACUGCCAGGAGGACCUGACCUCCUGCACCUGCCGGCUGUGCCUGGAAGCUCUGCUGAUGGGCCUGAAGUCCUAUGUGCUGCGGCCCCCAGAGACCUAUGCCAAGACCCUCCGUGUGGUGGACCUGACUGGGCUGAAGGACACAGAGCACCAUACCUGUGCCUGUGGAUCCACCCUGGGCCGCUGGGCCCGCACCCAGCUCCUCACCCGCAUAUGCUACGAGGUCAUGGUGGCCAUCCAGGCGGGUGACACUGCACCCUCCGCCCUCGAGACCGAGGUGGAUGUGCGCCUGAACGGCUUCGUCACCGGGCGGAACUACGAGGUGGUGGCCCAGGCCUUCCUGCUCCUGCGUCAAUGCCCCUUGAAGCUGCGCUUCGUCGGGUUCCGAGCCGACUCUCUAGCCCUCAAACAGCUGUUCUACGUGCUGCGUGUGGCCCAACCGGAGGCCAUGAGGAGACUCGAGGUGGUCCAUAAUGUUCACCUGGAGGCCCCGCACCUGGAGUUGCUAUUGUCCCGGAUGGAGUUUCCCCAGCUGCAGUCCCUGACGCUGCCUGCGGGGGCGAUGGAUGUGCGAAGGCUGGGCUCGGAUGAGGAUGACCUGCUGGCCACCAUUGGGGAUCUGCUGAGCCGGCUGACUGAACUGACAGAGCUCUACAUGGGCUUCUCCACCCUCACCGGACACCUGCGAAGACUACUAAGGUGCUCACCUCUGUGUGUGUGUGUCCCCCUGACCACCCCACUGCAAAGCCUAGAGCUGGCCAACUGUAACCUGAACCGAACAGACAUGGCCUACCUGGCCAACAGCCUGCACAGCGAGAACCUGGUCAGUCUGGACAUAAGUGGUCACGACGUGUGCGGCCUCUUCCCCACCACCUUCAUCAAGCUCCUCCAGCGCUGCGCCGCCACCCUCCACAGCCUCACCCUGGAGGACUGUGACCUGGAAGACGAACACAUGGACAUCCUGACCCAGGCCCUGGCUCCCUGUCGCGGCCUGGAGGAGCUGAAGAUACUGGGCAACCCUCUGAGCGCCACGGCCCUGCGCCGCCUCUUCUCCAUGCUGGCCGCCGGGUUCUCAGCCCUGAGGUACGUGGAGCUGCCAGUGCCCCGGGACUGCUACCCCGAGGACGUCACCUACCCCCUGGAUGAGACGGUGCUGCUGCAGUACGACAGGGAGAUGUUCCAGGACGUCAGGGGUCAACUGAUGGGGAUCCUUCAGGGGGCGGGGAGGGGGAACGUGGAGGUGGUUACCCCCCUGUUGGGCGCUUAUGACGCGGAUAUCAACGAGACCAGUAACGAGCUGGGGGUGUCCAUGGUGAAAUCCUUCAAUAGCGUCAUUGGAAACUUUAUUGAUACAAUUACGGCCCUGGACAACAGGAGAUCCAACAAAGAGGUUGAUUAAAGUGCAGGUAGAAUAGCAGAGGGAGGGUAAUAGAGGGUUGAUAGAGCAAGGGUUUGUGCAAUACAAGGGGUUCAUCUCAAUCGUCUAUAGUGGCUUCCCACACUUCAUUUCCACUGAGCCAAAGAAGUCUAAGAAAGCAGUGCAAAUAAAGGGAAGGAGACAAAGAGACAACUUUAGACAAUUGGGAUGACUGAAGACCUUGAGCAACGUUGUUUUAUAUCCAUAUGUACCAAUUCAUCUGUACUUGUAACAGAUAUUUGACAAAUGUAUUGCCCCAUUAUCAGAGGAUUUGUUGACAUGCAAUUGGCGCUAGAUUAUAGUAUAGAUUGAAUUGUCCUUUUGGUCUUCCAAUCAUAUGAGUGGCAAUCAUAGUAAAGCAUUAUUUGAGUGCUUAGUUUUGAGAAUAGUACUACUUGUAUACUGAACGUGUAUUUACAUGUACUGUAUAUAUUUCAAUUUAGAUGUUUCUUGUAUCUUCAUGUAUAUUAUGACAUUUGUAUGUGACCAGAAUGGAGUGAAAGUUUGUUUUUACAAAAGUGCUAUAAAAUGUGGGAUUAAACUGACUUUACCGUAAAUAAAACUAUUUCUGUGGGGAUC